CCAUAGACCCCGCUGCGCUGUCCACACGCGUGGCUCCUAGUGAUUCAAAGGCGAGGUCUGUCUUCCCAGGAUUGUGGAGUCAACCACUCACAUUCUGCCGGAAAUUCUGGUUUUAACCUUCUUGGUCAACUAGGUGAUGUUCAACCCUCAGGUCCAAGCAGGAAGCACUAUUUCCCAAGAAUCUCUAGGAACCCCGCGUCUGGUCCCCACUAGUGCCUUUGAUAACCAAUAACUGUGGGCGACACAACUGUGGUCGGAAUGAUCGUGGCUCCGCCCCCGCGGGAGUCUGGUAUUUAGAGACCUCCGUCUUUAAGAUCUGCCCCUUCAACUUUCUGAGGGGCGGGGCGACGAGGGCAGCUGUCCCCUCCAUCCCUCACCCCGGUUGGCGCUCACGUGUAUAGGGCCGUUCAAUAACAGGUCUUCUUCCGGAACUUCCUGGUCGCGGCAGCCAAUCAAAGUGUUCUUCCUGUCCUUAUCCUUGUCAGGCUGCUGCCAAUCGGCGCGCCUCUACCAACGCCCCUUAAAGGCGCCGCCACCGCCUCCCGAGCUGCGGCGGACCAAUUCCCCGGUUCCGGCCCCCGCCACAGUAUGGAGUCGUCUCGGGGGCGGCCCGGGCCAGAGGGGGGCCUCCUGGCCGUGGCGGAACGAGAGGCCACGGUUUUCCACGGCGGGCCGGACCGAAGGCCCCAUCAGCUGCCCUCAGGCUUGAUGGUGUCCGGGGAGGAAGAGGCGGAGGACGUUGAGGGCGCGAGCCGUCACCUCAGCGCGUCCUCGAAGGCUUCGAGCAGCAGCAGCGUCCACCGGCGGGCACCCGAGGACGGGGAGGUCGAGUCCGGCCCCCGAGCCACGCCGUCUGGGGCCGGGAGCCGCCGCGGAGCCCCAGGUGGCGAGCACGACCCGCCCUCGUCCUCCCGGGACGGGCACCUCGAGCCACCCGAGGACAGGUCCGCUCCGGAGAGGUCCUGCCGUCGGGGCCCGGGAGCCGGCGAGAUGGAUGCGGAGCAGCUGCAGGAGGCGGAGCGAGACGGCGACGAGGAGGCCGAGGCCGAGGGCAGGGCCGGCCGCGCGUUCUGUGGCCGCCUUCAGGACAGCCGCAGCCUGGACGGGCUGAGCGCCGCGUGCGGGGGCGCCGGGGCCGAGCCUGGCGCGGGCGGCGGACGCCGCGCCACCAUCUCCAGCCCUUUGGAGCUGGAGGGCACCGUCAGCCGCCACGGCGACCUCACCCACUUCGUCGCCAACAACCUGCAACUCAAGAUCCGCCUGAGCGGCGCCCCUCCGCCCCUGCCCCCUGCCCCGGUGCGGCCCAGCCUGGCGCCCACACCCACGCCCACCAUCCCGCCCAUAGACGCUGACGUGCUGCGGGAUCUGGAGCGGCUGAGUCGGGAGCUGGGCGGCCGGGUGGAUCGUUUGCUUCGCGGUCUGGGUGGUGCGGUGCAGGAGCUGACUGCGCUGAGCGUGGGCUGCAUCCAGACCUACCGCGACGCCGUGGACUCCUUAGGCGAGGCCGUAGACAUGAGUAUCAAGGGCAUGUACACACUGCUGGCGCGCUGCGAGGAACUGGAGCGGGCUCUGCAACCGGUUCAGGGUCUGGCUCGUCAAGUCCGAGACAUCCGACGCACUUUGGAGGUGUUGGAGGCACUGUGCAAAUGAGCAGGAGGGCACAGGCCAGGGUUGGCCGGGGCGGGGCCCAGCGGGACCUUAAAGACUUAUGUAGGAGACCUGGUGGGAACCGCCUGAGGGGGGCUUCUAUGUUGGAGGCUUUCCCGCUGUGUCUAGCUAGCCCGUGCCCACCUGCUGGACUUAAGGAGGUGUAUAAGGGAAAAAUCUAACAGUUCUCCUGAUGGGAGGGGAUGUUGCUCUGCUUCUGUUCUGUUGGCCUUCUGUAGCUACCUAUCCUGUCCUUACCAACUCUCCUCCUAGCUAGAGCACCAUCCCUAGGAAGCCAGGGCUUGAGGUCUCAGCUUGAGGGUGGGGACCUGACUCCAUAUGAGAUCAAGAUAAGAAACAGAGAAAGCCUCAGCCCCAGUGUGGUCAUCUUGGCUCCGGUGACCGCAUCUCAGGUGCCAGGGGCUUUGGGAGCUUGAGUGUAGGCAAGGGUACACAGCUGCAGAUGAGUGACCCCCACUGCUACCCUCUGCAAUGCCGCUUCCCAAGCGAGAACAGGAGGAAGCCAAGAGGAAUGCACUGCCCGGUGGAGAUGUGAGGUGGGAGGUGUCUUGCUGCUCAGGGUUCAGGUAGAAUUGUUGCCAGUCUUGAAGCCCAGCUGCUGUAGAGUGGUCUAAUGCGUUUCGGCUUCCUGAAUUUUUGUGGAAUUAAAGUGCUGCUGCUGCUAA